GAAGUUACUCGUUGUUAAAUCGGCCGGCUUCAUGAAAGAGGGCGGCGUGUGUACCGGGGACAGUUCCCGUUAAACCCAGCUCCAGACCGGACCGACGUUUCCAACCGGAGUCGAAGCUAAAAUCACAAAAAGAACAAGUGGACAAGUGAAGAAACUUCCUCUGUGUUUCUUCAUUUGAGGUCAAAGAUCAACCAUCAACAUGGCAGACGAAGCAGAUAUGCGCAACGAGCUGGCCGACCUGCAGACGCGUGCCGACCAGAUAGCUGAUGAGUCUCUGGAGAGCACUCGGCGUAUGCUGGCUCUGGUGGAAGAGAGCAAAGAUGCCGGCAUCAGGACUCUGGUCAUGUUGGAUGAGCAGGGAGAGCAACUUGAUCGUGUGGAGGAGGGCAUGAACAAGGUCAACGCAGACCUGAAGGAAGCCGAGAAAGAUUUAAAAGAUAUAGGACAAUGCUGUGGUCUGAUUUGCCCAUGUAUUAAAAAGAUAAAGGGCGGGGGACAGGCCUGGGGAGGGAACCAGGAUGGAGUGGUGAACAGCCAGCCUGGAGCUCGAGUGGUGGACGAGCGUGAACAGAUGGCCAUCAGCGGAGGCUUCAUCCGCAGGGUAACAAACGACGCCAGGGAAAAUGAGAUGGAUGAGAACCUGGAGCAGGUGGGCGGGAUAAUUGGCAAUCUGCGUCACAUGGCCCUGGACAUGGGACAAGAAAUCGACACCCAGAACCGCCAGAUCGAUAGGAUCAUGGACAAGGCUGAUUCCAACAAGACCCGGAUCGACGAGGCCAACCAGCGUGCGACAAAGAUGUUGGGCAGUGGCUAGAAACCUGAGGGAAGCUCUUUUAACCUCAUCAACACAGAAAACGAUUAAAAAAAACGACCCUGUCCUAAACCCAAACAUUAGUGGCCAGUGCCACUUCCUUUUUGUUUGACAGCAGGCGCUGAGACAUCAUGCUUUUCUUGUGAUACUUGUAGAGGUUUGCACACAUGCACAUAUCAUCCGUGACACCCCCCACCCUUGGUUUACAGUCUCUGCAUCACCACCACUUCUUCACCGCGUCUAUGUUCUGUGUUGUUUUGGUCAAGAUAUUAGACUUCUUUUUCAGAAUAUCCACGAAAAGAAAAUCCU